AUGAACAAAGAAUGGGGAAUUGCUCGGUUGUUGUCGCAAAAUGUUUUUAACGACUCUAAAAAAGGGUACCUUAUUCAAGAUAAAUGUAUGUUUGGUGUGGAGAUUUUUGCCAAUCGUUGCACCGGUAGAGGAGAAUGUCUAGCAUUUCCUGAGAAAAUUGAUAGCAUUCCUUGCACAUGGAAAGUAAAUGCUUUUUCUGCUUUGAGUAAUGCAACGUAUUCUUCUGAUGAGUUCACCAUGGGGAGCUACAAAUGGAAAUUAUUGCUUUAUCCCAAGGGAGACUGUACGCAGGAGGGGCGUAGAAAUCUUUCAAUUUUUCUAACAUUAGCAGACAUGAAAACUGCAGCAAGAGUGCACGCAAAAUUCACACUAAGCAUAGAGAAUCAAAAGGAUAAGGAGCACAAGAAGUUUACAGGAGACAUAAGCGAUGGCGAAUCAAGUGCAACUAUUGACAUCCGGGAUGGCGGAUCAAAUGUAUCUAUUGACAUCCAGGAUAAUGCAAUUAGCUUCUCACAUGUGUGA